AUGUUUGUUUUUCUAUUAAGCAAUUGUUUUUCACGUGUUUAUCUUGAAGAACAUUUCGAUCCAGGUUGGGAAAAGAACUGGUCUCGUCCAGAAAAAGUAAAACGCGGUGUUUUACUUGGAAAAUUUAGAUCUUCUGCUGGAACUUAUUAUGCAGAUGAAAUUAAGCAAAGAGGACUUGAAACAAUGGAUGCACACAGAUAUUACUUGUUUUAUUCAAAUUUCACAGAGCCAUUCGAUACAAGAGAUAAAGAUUUGAUUAUUCAAUACACAGUACGUCUUGAUAUGUACAUAGAUUGUGCAGGAGCAUAUAUCAAAUUAUUAGGACCGCCGAAUAAGCAAGUAGAAUUUUCAAACGAAUCGCAAUAUUCAAUAAUGUUUGGCCCAGAUAUCUGUGGUGCUAACCUCCAUCAAACCAAGGUUGCGAUCGGAUAUAAUGAUUCAUAUUACACAAUAAAAGAUAAUCUCAACGCUAACAAAGAUCAUCUUACACAUGGAUACACUUUAAUCAUACGUAAAAACAAUACAGUCGAAGUAAAGAUCGACGGAGAAACUAAGAUAUCAGAAAAAUUACAAGAUUUGUUCGAUAUUCCUAAAGUUACAACAAUUCCAGAUCCGAAUUCCGUCAAACCAGCCGAUUGGGAUGAUAUCGAAUACAUCAUUGAUGAAAAUGAUAAGAAACCAGCAGAUUGGGUUGACGACGAGUUCAUAGAAGACCCAGAUGCGUUCAGACCUCCAUCUUUCGACGAUUCAAUGGAAUGGGUACCACCAAUGAUCAAGAACCCAGACUACAUUGGCGAAUGGAAGCCUCGCUUCAUUCCAAACCCUAAUUUCAAAGGAUUUUGGACACCAAAGAUGAUUGAAGUCGAACCAACACCAGAUCCACAAUUUGGCCACUUCCAGUCUCUCACUUUCCUUGGCAUUGACGUAUUCCAGAGCUGCCCAGGAACAAUCCUUGGAAAUUUCUUAGUUACUGAUGACGAGGAAUACGCAAAGAAAGCACUUAAAGAGGCUUUCCUCAGCAUCAGAUCAGAUGAAAUUGAGUCAUUCGAUAUCCAUUCCGAUGCUACAAAACGAGAAAAAGUUCGUGAAAGCAAAUACAACGAAAAAGACUACGAUGUGUUCCAGAAACUCGACGCAAUGUCUUCUGAUGAUGAAGUACUCAAGGCAAAGAAGAUGGAUGCACUCAAAGCUAAGAAAGAAAGUGAAAAAAUUAAAGAAAAGAAACUCAAGAAGAAGGAAGCUAAGCAUGAUUAUAUGAACGAGUUAUAA